AUGGAGAACUCUCAAACCAUAUCAGCGAGAGUCUCUUCUUACUUGAAUCUUGGCAAUCUGCUUUGGUUACUACUUGCCUGGAUUCUUGUCCCUUUUCUCUAUCAAAUUAUCUAUUAUCGUUUCUUCCACCCUCUUAGACAAUACCCAGGUCCUUUUUGGGGAACCGUUACGCGACUUUGGUAUACUUAUCAGAGCUACAAUCAAACCGAAUUGACGACAUACCAGAAUCUAUUCGAAAAAACUAAAGCUCCUGUACUGCGUAUCUCUCCAACGACCCUUCUAGUCAAAUCAUCAUCUGCUCUACCCCUCAUCUAUCACCGCACUGCAGUCAAGUCCAGGUUCUACAGUAAUGGAGCUUUCGCCUCUAUCCCCAUUUUCACUAUACGCGGCCAUCAAGCACACGCAUACCGGCGAAGACUCGUCGCACCUCCUUACUCAUACUCCAAGAUAGUCAAAGCUGAGCCCCUCGUUGAUAAGAUGAUUCUAGCCUGGCUUACAAAGCUAACCGAACUCUUCGCUCAGACUCAGGUGCCUAUAGAUAUGGGAAGCUGGGCUACCUAUGUCGCAUUUGAUACAAUCAGCGAAGUGGGUUUUGGUCAAGCUUUGGGCUUCGUGGAGAAGGGAGAAGAUGUGGGUGGGUUGAUCGAAAGUGUACACGAAGGAAUUCACAUUUUCGGUGUCAUCGCACAUCUAUACCCCUUCGUAGAAUGGCUGACGACGGGACCACUAGGGGGAUUGUUCGCUGUAACACCGGAUAUGAAGAAUGGCAUGGGUCAACUGAUCAGAUGGAGGGACAAGAUCAUUGGUGCCAGAAUUACAGAAAUCGAGGAAGGAAAGAGAAGAGAUCGAGUAGAUCUUCUACAAUCAUUUUUCGAGGCCAAAACACCCGAAGGAAUGCCUAUGGACAAAUCUGAUAUGGAAGCCGAAGUGUUGGUUAUACUACUUGCGGGAGCUGAUACUACAGGCACAGCUUUUAGCUCCUUCCUAACCGAUAUCAUCUCAUCCCCUGACGCUUAUGCCCGAAUGAUGACGGAAAUCGAUACUGUAUUUGCCAGUGGAAAUCUCUCGCAACCAAUUCCGAAAGCAGCAGAGGUAUCGAAACACUGCCCAUUCUACGUAUCCUGCGUCAAAGAAUCCCUUCGUCUCAAUCCACCCUCGCCAGCACUUUUUCCUCGAGAAGUAACGGCCGAUCAACCUCCUCUGAUAAUUGACGGUAAAGUCAUCCCUAUCGGUACGGAAAUUACCUGUUCCCCUUACCUUACAAACCGAGACAAGGAAAUAUACGGCGAAGAUGCCGAUCUGUUCCGGCCCGACCGAUGGCUUGAGAAUGGCGGUGAAAAGGCAAAGGUGUUUGACAAGUACAAUUUUACUUGGGGAUAUGGAUCGAGAGUUUGUCUAGGCAAGGAUCUCGCGAUGAUGGAACUGAUGAAAUUUCCCUUGAUGGUGCGUCUCUAUUUUGUUCAUGCAAUCAAGCAAUUCAACAAUUGGAUACUUUUGUGA